AUGAGUUCUAAAACAAUAAAAAACGGAUACCAAAAGAGCAAAGCCAACGAAAAAUUAAAGUUAAUGAAAGUUGCCAAUGAUUCAAAACAAAAAAAACUUAGUUUUUUCAUCAAAAAAGAGCCAGAUGAGUCGUUCAUUGAAAAUAUCAUCAAUACUGUACUACUUGAACUUGAGGAUAAUGAUAAGUUCAUAUAUUCAUCUGAAAAGUCUCCAGCCUGUUCUAUAAAAUAUGGACAUAAUAUCAUCGAUACUGACGAUAUUGUACAUGAAGAGUUAGUAAUAUCCAAUAAAGAUAAUAAUGAAAUGUUUAGAGGCUCACCUGAAAAGUCUUCAGCAAUCGCUAGAAUCUUUAAACAAGGUCCGUUUCAACCAUUACUGAACGAAUUUCCUCAGAUAAUAAAUAAAAAUAARCAACGAUCAUUCAACAAAAAUUGGUAUAAUAGUUAUAAGUGGUUAGAGUAUAGUCCUAGUAUAGAUGCUGCCUUUUGCUUUUAUUGUAGAUGUUUUAAUGGAAAUGAUUAUAAUGGUAGUYAUGUAGAUUCUUGUUUUGCCGUAAGUGGUUUUAAGUCUUGGUACCGUGGUUAUGAGCGUUUAAAAAAACAUCAGCUAUCAAAAGUUCAUCAAAAUGCUACCACUUCAUGCCAAAAUUUUAUUAAUUCAAAAUCAAUUGAUUGUAAAUUAAAUUCUGCACAAAGAGUAGUGUUAAAAACAAAUGAAGAAGAGAGUGUUAAAAAUAGAAAUAUCAUGAGACGACUUAUUGAUAUUGUGCUUCUUCUUGGUAAAGCUGGUAAACCGUUUCGAGGACAUGACGAGAGUUUUUCAAGUAACCAGAAAGGCUUAUUUAGAGAAAUAGUAGAUUUGUUAGCUAGGUAUGAUGAUGUUUUAAAAACACAUUUAUUAAAUGGCCCAAAAAAUGCACAGUAUUUGAGUAAUCGCAUUCAAAAUGACCUAAUUUCAUCAUAG